UCAAAAUGGCGGCUAUGACAGCAGAACUGAGUGAAGGGGGGUUUGUUUUUGAUAAUUGCAGACGAAAUGCUUUUUUAGCACAGAAAGGUUUACCACUCCCAAAAGCUAGAAAAACUGGGACUACGAUUGUUGGAAUUGUCUUCAAGGAUGGUGUAGUACUUGGUGCUGAUACUAGAGCCACAGAAGAUACCAUAGUAGCUGAUAAAAACUGUUCAAAAAUUCAUUAUAUUGCUCCAAAUAUAUAUUGUUGUGGAGCGGGUACUGCCGCAGAUACCGAGAUGACAACACAGAUGAUAUCUUCUCAACUAGAACUGCAUCGUUUAUCUACUGGAAGAACUGCUAGGGUCUGUGUAGCUAAUAGAAUGCUCAAACAAAUGUUGUUUAGGUACCAGGGAUACAUCUCAGCUGCUUUAGUACUAGGUGGCGUUGAUUCAACUGGUCCACAUUUAUACAGUGUCUAUCCGCAUGGUUCUACUGAUAUGUUGCCAUACGUCACAAUGGGUUCAGGAUCAUUAGCGGCCAUGGCUGUCUUUGAAGACGGUUUCAAACCUAAUAUGGAGCGUGAUGCGGCUGUGACUUUAGUACGCAAUGCUAUAGCUGCUGGUAUAUUUAAUGACCUUGGUUCUGGAAGUAAUGUUGAUGUAUGUGUUAUCACAAAGGACAAAGUAGAUUAUAUCAGACCCUAUGAUGAAGCUAAUAAGAAAGGAGUCAGGCAAGGUAAUUACAAAUACAAGAAAGGCACCACUGCUGUGUUGACUACACACAUCAAAAAACUAGACAUGGAGGUGACGAGUGAAAGAGUGGAAGCAAUGGAAACAUAAUGAAAAUGUUGCAUAGUUUGUUGAUAUGAUUAUCUUUUUGAGUUUCAUGUUGCUUUAUGUAUUUAAUGAAGAGUUAUAAAGUCAUCCGAUAUAAAAGUUGAAGGCCUUAACACAAUGUUUAUAAUAGCUUAGUUUAAAAUCUAUUGUGGUUGUUUUGGGAGGAACUUGUUUUCAGGAAAUGCUGUUUGUAUGAAGAACUGUCUCUUGCCCCAAGAUGUUACAAUGUAUCUGAUGUGACUUAAUGAAUGUACCAGGGUAUCCAAUUGUAAUUUGGGGAUUCUGUUAAACAAAUUUGGAGUCCACCAGUAAUUAAAUCAAAUUUCUGAAGACAAAAAACCUGAUUUCCGAUAGUAAAACAAAUAAUUGUGUUAACAUUAGAAUGGUUGACCAUUUUGUGUAUUGGGGGGGGGGCAUACAUUUCCUUAGAUCAUGUUCCAUAUCAUCUUCAACUGCUGUUGUGAUUUAAGCUCAAGGUUCAUGGUUAAGGUCUACAUAAUAGAUUUGUAUUUGUAUCUGUCAACUCUUUUCAUUACUAUGAAUAAACUCAAGACAUUUAUUUGAUAUACUA